UGUGUGUUGGGAUCCCCAUUGCGUGGGUGGCUUUUGGUCUUCUCCCAUCCAGCAGAACUUACAGCCUUCUUCCCCAGUUUGACGCUGAAGCCACCAGUGAAGACAACUAGCUAGAAUGACAAUACUGCAAGCAGAAGAGGACCAGAGGGAGCUGGCAAUAUUUUAACCAUUUGUUUUUUAACUACUUUAAUCUGUAGUUGGGGGAUUAAGCUCUACAGGCAUCGCCAGUGGCAUGGAGCGUUACAGCCCCGUGGAUCACGAGUGGCAGGUCCUGGGCUCGGUCCCAAGACACCGGAGUGGCAUGGCUGUAGCGUCCCUGAACGGAUCCAUCUACGCAGCGGGUGGCCAUGACGGGCUUGUUUGCCUCAAUAGUGUGGAGAGGUAUGUGCCUGAAAUCCAUGAGUGGAAGAGAGAUGUCGCACCUCUUAGUGAACCCAAGCAAGAUGUAGCUAUGGUUGAACUUGGUGGCUAUUUAUAUUGUGCUGGUGGCUUUGAUGGGCUGGUGUGUCUCAACAUUGUGGAAAGAUAUGACCCUGUGUUGGACAGAUGGCAGAAGAUGGCACCUAUGAACCGUCGUCGAAAAGGCCUAGGCUUGGCAGUGCUGGAUGGGUUCUUAUACGCCGUUGGGGGCUCUGAUGGCUAUUCUCCCUUAUGCUCAGUCGAGCGCUACAAUCCCACAGAAGACCAGUGGACUCCCUGCCCUCCACUCCGGAGCGGUCGUGAAAACCUGGGUUGCGUCGCAUACCAAGGCAAGAUCUAUGCUGUGGGCGGGCAGGAUGACUUGACCGAACUGCGCACUGCUGAGCGCUUCGAUCCACUCACCAAUAGAUGGACUCCUAUUAUGCCCAUGAAGUCAAAAAGAAGUAAGGUAAAUGUUGCGGCUAUCAGUGGAUACCUCCUAGCCAUUGGUGGAUAUGACGGCAUCGUUCACGUUUCAACGGUGGAAGCCUUUGAUCUGGAUAUCAACGCGUGGAGACGUUUCGGCAACAUGAAAAGCCGUCACCCAGGUGGAGGUGUCGCCGUGAUCCAGAUGGCCCCAGAAGACACGGAAUUCUUUGAAUCCCAUUGGAGUAGAUAACCAGAUGAUGAAAAAGAAUGAAUUCUAGGUUCAGGUUAGGUAGGGUGAGUUAUUUAGCUAGAACUGAGUAGUGCCAGCAACAAAGGGAUGGACAUCCAUAUUGGAAACAAGAUUGAAGAUGCAACCUAUCUUUUGCCCCACCAUUUCUUUUCAGGGUUGGGAUAUCCUUGGAUCAUACAUAAUAUUUUUGGCCAUCCACACAGCCCUCUCCAGUGGCACCACUGAAACUCAGAAAUGUCCUGCUGAAUAGCAGUGGAAUGAUUUUACACGGUUUGGAAUUAAGAAGCAAAAUAAGUGUGUUGAGUCUCUGAUAUGCUUCACACACCUCCAUCAUAUUUCAGUUCAGAUACACGUACCCACACCUCCGUGCCUAAUGAUUAUAAAAGGGCCAGAAAUUCUAUUCCUGCUCCUAUGUUUGUUUGUUUUUAACCACAUCACCUGUGAUCCUUGUUUGUUGACUAAAAGUGCUUCUGGGCCCUCAAAGGAUUGUCUGCCUUUGCAAUUAGAUAAGGAAAUUGUCCUCCUCUGUCCUGAAUUCUUGUUGGGUAGUCAUAUUUUAAGGAUUGAUAAUCUCCAGGUUGGCCAGUUCAUGACCCUGGGCCUCAGUUUAAUAACCUUGGAUGCUCCAUGUCUAAAAUGACUGAAUUCUUCCAAGCGUCCAGAUGGAUCUACACCAUCACCGAGAGGAAAAUGUUCAUCUGUUUGCACCUAUAGAAAGAGUUCACUGUUUCUGAAAAAAAUCUAGUUUCAUGCAUGCUCUCUUUCAGCAGAAGACGUAGUAUAGGAAAGAGUGAAAUCAGCUACAGCGGGCCCACUGGCUUGCUGCAUUAUCUUUAGUGACAAAAAUUAAAAUAUGGGAUUGGAAGUGUCUGCAGUGGAAUUCUAUUCUGUCAAUCCAGGGCUUCUCUCCACAGGGCAAAGUUAGUAUUAUUAUUAUUUUUCGUUUAAGAACAUGUUUGGUAUUCACUAAUGCCCUAUUUGGCAGAAUGACUUGAAAUCAAAUAAAAAGAAACAAUGGAAAUCAGGCAGGAGUUGGCUGCAAAUUGCCUCUUCGUGGGAGAUCUUUUUCUUUUAAAAAAGGAGACAAGACUGGAAUAUUGGAUGAGAAAGUACAUAUAAAAAAAAGUCCCCCUCCUCUGCAGUUUGAGGUGGUAGAGUCUAUUUUAUCACCUGAUCCUGUUAUAAUUUAGAUUAACUCCAAAUAAUUCCCCAAUGAGAGGAAGAAUUUGGGUGAAUAUUUUCACCUGACCCGUCUUCCUCUUUUUUUCUUUGCUUUUGGUCAAGUAGGAGAAGCUCCAUCGUAGUUUGAGCUGUGAUUAAGGUAGGCUCUGCCAAGAUGGUUUGUGUUCAUCCAGUGUCUUGGUAGCAAAUGUGAAUCAGAAAGUAAUAUUUGAAUUUGCUCCUUAUGGGAAUAUGAUUUUUGCAUACCUAGGCUAAUGCUAAGUAGGAAUGCCAGUGUGGAUAAUAUCUUCAUGAUCUUUGUCAAAGGAUUUGAUUCUUCAAGAAAUGUUACCCAAGGGAAUGUGUCUUCACAAAUGUGAUUUG